AUGGCAAACGGACUGGCAGGUUUGAAGGAGCAGUUCUGCCCCAACUUUGCCCAGCGGUUCCAAGCCGCUGGCUAUAGAGUCUUGCUCUUCGACCACCGCAACUGGGGUGCAAGCGACGGUCUUCCACGUAACGAGACAAACCCUAUCCAGACUGGUCGCGACUACUCAGAUGCCUUUGACUACGUUGCCUCGUUGGACGAGGUUGAUUCUUCGAGGAUCGUGUACUGGGGCACUAGUAUGUGCGGCGGCUCCGUUUUGCACGCUGCGGCUUUCGACAAGCGUAUUCGAGCGGUGAUCUCACAAGUCCCCUUCGUAUCCGGCGAACUUCUUAGUACACACCUCGCACCCAUGAUCGGAUCCCUGUAUAGUAGUCGACAACAGCUCAAAGCUGGCAAGCCUGCCCCACUGAUCAAGCUGUUUGCCGAGACCCCCGAGGAGAGUCUCCAGCAAGACACUAAAGCCCUUAUCCGCGACGAGAAUCUUUGUGAUUUCAUCAAGGCUUUGGAUAAGGACAAGCUGCCUUGCUCUCCGAAUGUCACACCCCAAACACUUCUUAACAUGAUUGCAUUCGAGCCUCUAGCCUUUAUGCACCGCAUUGCACCUACACCGCUCCUCAUGGUCAGUGCAGAUAACGAUAUUUGCGCACCAACUUUUACCCAGCUCAAGGCCUACGCUUUGGCGUAUGAGCCAAAGAAGCUGGCUAUUCUGGAGGGUUCGGGUCAUUUCGACCCCUAUCACGGCAAGGUCUUUGAGAAGAACGUCGAGGUACAGCUGGCUUUUCUGAAUGAUACGGUUUAG